UGUAAGCCACUAUACCAGCCCAUCUAACGUUUUACAGUCGCAUUUAAGUGUCUUUUUAUUGAAAUAAUAAAAUAAACAUGUCGCUAACGAAUUAUUAUUCCAUGAUGGGUCUCCAGACCGAGGAGCCUUACGGUGCACAUUUCAUCCCGGGAGGCUUGCAGGGUUCGACGGCUGGCUGCGCAAAGCCAGGCCGGGGAGCAGAGGAGGAGGAGGGGACCCCCGGCUCACACAUCCCGGAUUUCUCUCAUUUUUCCAACAAACAGUCGAGUUUAAAUGGCUUUUCUCCUUGGACAAACACUUCCACUUCUUCUACGUCUUCUUCUCCGCAGCGGCAAUCCGCCCCCGGUGCGUCCAUCCCCGGCCUUUUUCAUCCACAUCACCUCCUGAGCCACCACCCCUACUACGGCCCGCAGACUCAGACACACGCCGAACACCUUGCAUCCGCGUCGGACAGCAGGUUUGUACGCUGCUGGGAAGGGGCGAGCCCCACCUCGGAGACCGCUCUGUCGCAAGUUUCGGCCACUUUCCCCGCGUGUCUCCCAGCACAGAGUGACCUCUCCAAUCCGAGCCCGAGGUAUGAGACAAUUAAGCCCGAGAGUUCACCCCCGUCACACGACAGUCCUGAAGAUUCCAGCUUCGCCAGUCCGGCGGAGGUGGUCCUGGAGCGGCUUGGGACUGUAGAGGAGCUGGGGAGGAAGCCUGAGCCAAAGAAAGAGGACGACGACAGAAAAACACAGCAGCAGCAGCAGCAGCUUGACCCGGAAAAUCCAUCAGCUAGCUGGAUCCAUGCCAAAUCGACCCGGAAAAAGAGAUGUCCUUACACCAAACACCAGACCCUGGAGCUGGAGAAGGAAUUCCUCUACAACAUGUAUCUGACCAGAGAUCGGCGCCUGGAGGUGGCAGGACUCUUAAAUCUGACAGAGAGACAGGUCAAAAUCUGGUUCCAAAACAGACGGAUGAAGAUGAAGAAGUUGAUGAUUCGGGAGAGGAGGAGUAUGAAUGAAUGAUGAAUUUAGAGGCUGGGGCUUUUGUUUUCUUCCUGUGAUAGGUGAAGAGGUGGUGGUGAUAAAAGAAACACAGUGCUCAGAGAUGGCCAACAUCUGUAACAUGAACUGGCAAGAUCAGCUGUGACUAAGCAAAGGAUUGUAGAGCUAACAUUGCUGCUUUUGAAAACUGCAGUGAUAAACUCUGCAGGGGAGACCGGGAUGUGCUGUAACACACACAUUAAUGUCUUAAAAAAAGUUAGGUAAUCUGUACUUUGGCGCAUAAUUCUUCCAUCUGCAUGUUUUAAAAAGAAAACAGCUCAUCUGAAACCCGGGGUAGUUGUAAAUAAUGAAGUGUUAACAUUUACAGGGAGGUCAAUAAACCCGAUCACAAACAUACCAGCUCAUAUCAAAGACUACUCAUUUUAAAACACAUCUGUUUUUAAUAUGGAUGCACAUCUCUCAUGUUCAGAAAUGGCAAU